CCAUAGUUGAUGACAACGAGUGCAUUUAUUUAUUCAACCGAGUGGUGUUUACAUCAACAUAACCUCUAAUUUGCCUCUUUUAAUGAGUUCGAUGGUGAUAAAUCCCGAUAAUUUCGAUAAAAUCAUGGAUCAAAGUUGAAUAUUAUCAAUCAAGUUUUUAAUGCCAACUCGUUGAAAGCACAGAAAAACUGCAAUAAUUUUUCGAAAGCUAGAAAAAAAUAAUUUAUAAAUAGCAUCAGUACAAAUAUCAAAGUAUUAAAUUGCUUCGAUCUAUUUCUUUAUCUCUAACUCAUCGUUUCAUUGUUUUUUAUUUUCAUUUUAUCUUUGUCAAAAGCAAAUUAUGUUUUUAUCUUUAUUACGAGAUUGGAAAUAUACCUUUCGAAUAUUUAAUCUUCAUAAAGGAGGAAUUUCUCCCGUACGAAUUUAUAACUUACAUUUAAUAACUGUGAUAGUCAUAUUACUUAUUACUUUUUUUUUGUAUAAUUAUCUUUCUACAUUUAAAACUGUUUGUUAUGAAAAUGAUAAAUUAAUGACAUGCUUGGAUUAUUAUAAAUAUAAUUCAACUUAUCCUCUUACUGCUCCGAUAGCGAAACCAACAGGAAUAAGCUAUAGAAUUGCAAUUAUUAGUGAUCUCGACUUAGAAGCUAAAAGUCUUCUUCAUAAAUCAUGGAUUAGCUUUUUGAAAAAAGGAAUUCUUUCUUGGGAUCCUCAUAAUGAUAAAAUUCACAUUAGUUGGGAAAAAAAAGAGCUUUUACUUUCCUCAUCAUUUGUAAUUAAUGAUAGAGGUAUGGAGUUGUCCGAACUAAUAACUUUUGACGGUCGUUUAUUAAGCUUUGAUGAUAGAACCGGUAUUGUUUACGAUAUAGAAGAUAAAGCUUAUCCGUGGACUAUCCUAAUUGAUGGCGAUGGUCGCAGUUCGAAAGGAUUUAAAUCAGAAUGGGCGACAGUGAAAAAUAACUUCUUAUAUGUUGGUAGUAUAGGUAAAGAGUGGACUUCUUCGUCGGGAGAGUUUAUUCACAAUAAUCCUAUGUGGAUUAAAAUUAUUUCUCCACGUGGAGAAGUAAAAUCAGUUAAUUGGAUCAAUAACUACAAAAAACUGAGACAAGCUGUUAAUAUUGAAUUCCCCGGUUACAUGAUUCACGAAUCAGGAGUAUGGAGCAAUAUCCAUAAGUGUUGGUUUUUUAUUCCUCGCCGAUGUUCUGUCAAGCAAUAUAAUGAAACUGAAGAUGAAAAAAUGAGCUGUAAUGUUUUACUUAAAGCAGAUGAAGAAUUUAAUUAUGUUGAGGUUACGCAGCUAAAUAACUGGAUACCUAUUAGAGGUUUCUCAAGUUUUAAGUUUCUUCCUGGUUCAGAAGAUAAAAUAAUAAUUGCAUUAAAAACUGAAGAAUAUCAAAGUCAAACGGCUACUUAUAUAACAGCCUUCACGAUUAAUGGCAAGUUACUUUUACCUGAUUUGAAAAUAGGUGAUUACAAAUAUGAAGGUUUUGAAUUUAUAUGAUGUUUACUGGAAAUAUAAUUUAAUAAUUUAAUUAAUGAUAAAUAUCAUAAUAAUAAAAUAAAUGGCAAAUAUCAACUCA